AGCUCAUUUGUAUAACGUAUCAAAAAUGAUUUCUUGUAACAUUGAGAGAGAGACAGAGAGAGACAUUGUCCGUACCGUAACACCCCAAUCGUUUUUGGGUUUGUGAAAAAGGCCCUGAAACGCAUAUCUUCAUAGGCAAUCCAACGCUACUUCUUAACUUUUAUCUCUCUUCUUUUUCUGGAAAUCUUACAGGACACACCGCAAAUCCUGUUUCCUUCAUCGGACUCGGCUUUUAAGGUUGUUUUCAUGGUGCACGAAUUGAUCGUUGAUUUUGAGAUAUCGCUAUCACUACUCAAUGGAGAAGCAAUGUAAACAGAUCCAUCAGUAACCAUAAUGUCUGGGCUGAUUGAAGGUCUCCCUGAUGCAGUUGCCCUCAGAUGCCUUGCACGCGUGCCCCUGUACCUGCAUUCCAAGUUGGAGCUUGUAUCCCGAUCCUGGCAAUCUGCCAUUCGUAGCCUUGAGCUAUUCAAAGCCCGAAAAGAGGUCAAUUCAUCCGAGGACUUUCUAUGUGUGUGCGCAUUUGACCCCGAAAAUCUGUGGCAGCUCUAUGAUCCUCUCCGAGACCUUUGGAUUACUCUCCCCGUUCUCCCUUCAAAAAUCAGGCACCUUGCCAACUUUGGUGUUGUCUCCACUGCUGGAAAGCUGUUUGUGCUUGGUGGUGGCAGUGAUGCUGUUGACCCAUUGACCGGCGACCAAGAUGGGAGCUUUGCUACCAACGAGGUCUGGUCAUACGACCCAGUUUCCCGGCACUGGGCCCCACAAGCAUCCAUGCUCGUGCCCCGUGCCAUGUUUGCGUGUUGUGUUUUGGACAGUAAGAUUGUUGUUGCUGGCGGUUUCACUAGUUGCCAGAAAUCAAUUUCCAAAGCAGAAAUUUAUGAUCCCGAGAAAGAUGUCUGGGUAUCAAUACCUGAUCUCCACCACACUCACAAUACAGCUUGCUCAGGGGUAGUUAUCGACGGUAAGGUCCACGUCCUUCACAAGGGUUUAUCAACCGUGCAAGUUUUGGACGGCGUCAAGCUUGGUUGGACCGUCUGGGAUUACGGUUGGCUCCAGGGUCCAAUGGCUGUCAUCCGCGGAGCUCUCUAUGUGAUGAGUCAUGGCAUUAUUUUCAAGCAGGAGAUAGAAGCAAGCAAGGUAGUGGUUUCAGCAUCGGAGUUCCGGAGGAGAAUUGGGUUUGCAAUGAUUGGGUUGGGAGAUGAUAUAUAUGUGAUUGGAGGGGUGGUGAUAGGGCCCGAACGAUGGAAUUCGGAUAUCAAGAAGCUGUCUGUUGUCAAUGUUUUGACGAUUGGGAGCGAGAGACCGAUUUGGCGCCGGGUGGCACCUAUGACUAGGUGCUAUGGACCUAUUCUGGGUUGUGCACAGCUGAGAAUUUAGGUCUGUUUCCUCUUUUUUUUCUUUUUUCUUUUUUAUUGUUUUGGGAUGGUGGUGGAUUUUGUUGCUCUGUUGUGAGAAUUUGUUCUCUUCUUGUAAGUUUGGUUAGCUCCUAUUGGAAAAAGGUGUUUUGUUUGUAGCCUUUGGCCUUGUGAUCUGUUUGGUGGAGUUUUUAGGGAACUCUUUCUUUAUAGAGAUGCAAGGCAGGCUUGUUUGUUGGGCUUUGUGUAACAGGCAACAAAUAUGGAAGUUGGAAGUAUUAGCAUACAAAGAAUUCAAUAUUUCCUUCAUUUCUUUUAUUUAUUUAUUUAUUUUCAUGGUAAUGGAACAAUUAACGAUCUAUUUCUCUC